AGACGCGCCCCCACACACGAACGCACCACGCAGUUACUCUCUCUCUCUCUCUCUCUCUCUCAUCUGUAAAGAAAAGAAUUCAAUUCCUUUUCAGAGAGAGAAAGAAAGAUCAACAGAGAGUUUACCAUCACCUCCACUUGGCGAUCUCAUACACGGAGUUACAGCCUUACGGGCGUUUCGAGUACAGACGCCCGAUUCUCCUCUCGCCACGCCAUUUCCCAAACUCCUCCGGUUUUUUUUUUUUUUUUUUUUUGAAUUUUCUCGAGAAACAAACACUAACGCUCAAUCCAAUCGAAUCGAAUCGAUUCAAUUAAUUGACAUCUCGGUGGACGAUUUUUUGUUUGAACUUUGUUGUUGUAUGUGUGUGUGGCGUUGGAGGUGCUUUCAUGAUUUGAUUUAGUUGGAGGUUUUCGUUUGAUUGAUACUUAAGAUCUUCGCGAGCAAGCAAAUUAGUGAAAUCGCUUGCUUUAGAGGUUUUGGAAGUUGUUGUUUGGCGGCCAAGAAAGUUUUCAGCGUUCUGUAGCUUUCGGAGGUGUCUGUUUUUACUUUUCUUUGUUCUUUUUGCGGAGAGGUGUAUUUAUAGAUUGAGAAUCUUUGGAUAAUCCCGAGGUUUUCUAUUGUUCGAGAGGGAAAUUUUCAGGUUUUGUGUGUUGAGAAUCAGUAAAUAUGGUUAGCGGGACUUUGUUCCACUGUAGAAAGAAUUCAUGGCCGCCCGAGGAGUAUCUUAGCAAGACAGCCUUGCACUCGUUUGAUUUUGAUAGUGCUGCUCCACCAAAACAAGCUUGGCGGAGGAGGUUAAACAGCCAUGCUAAUAUUCUUAAAGAAUUUAGUAUAACAUUUAAAGAAGCAAUAAAGAUGGUUCGGUUAGGUAUACGCUUAUGGUCAUAUGUUAGAGAAGAAGCCUCUCAUGGAAGGAAAGCACCUAUUGAUCCUUUCACACGUGAAAGUUGCAAGCCAUCUGCAUCUCAAGGAGUUCCACUUGGUGGCAUGGGGUAUGUGGUAUACCGAGUUUGUGGCUUUAAGUUUUUAGUGUUGAAUAUCCUUAAACAGUCUGAUGCUUCUUCCAGGCAAUGGCAAAUUGUUCCUGGUUCACGUGAAGGCUCUCCUGUCAUGGCCAAUCAAUUUUCUAUUUUCAUACAAAGAGAUGGAGGACAUAAGAAUUACGCAUCCGUUUUGGCUCCUGGUCAACAUGAAGGAUUAGGGAAAGUAAGUGAUCAGGGCAUAUCUUCUUGGGGUUGGAAUCUUAGCGGACAGCAUUCCACAUAUCAUGCUCUAUUUCCAAGGGCGUGGACCAUAUAUGAUGGUGAACCGGACCCAGAACUGAAAAUAUCUUGUCGGCAAAUAUCUCCAUUCAUACCACAUAAUUACAAAGAAAGCAGUCUUCCUACUGCUGUUUUUGUUUAUACGUUGGUUAACACAGGGAAGGAAAGGGCAAAAGUCAGUCUUCUCUUUACAUGGGCGAACACAAUUGGGGGAAUCUCACACUUGUCUGGAGAUCAUGUGAAUGAACCAUUUAUUGGCGAGGAUGGAGUCUCUGGAGUUCUUUUACAUCACAAGAGUGCGAAAGGAAACCCUCCUGUUACUUUUGCAAUAGGUGCAUGUGAAACACAAAAUGUGAAUGUAACAGUUUUGCCAUGUUUUGGCUUAUCUGAAGGAAGUAUCCCUACUGCAAAGGAAAUGUGGAACACAAUGGUUAAGGACGGACAAUUUGCUCAGGAGAACUUCAAUUCUGGACCAGGCGUGCCUUCAUCGCCUGGAGAGACACUCUGUGCGGCAGUUUCGGCUUCUGCAUGGGUUGAGCCUCAUGGGAAGUGUACUAUCACAUUUGGUCUAGCAUGGUCAUCUCCCAAAGUAAAAUUUUCGAAAGGAAGUUCAUAUCAUAGGAGGUACACAAAGUUUUACGGUACUUCUGAAUUAGCGGCUAAAGACUUGGUUCAUGAUGCCCUAACAAAUUACAAGCGGUGGGAAGAAGAGAUUGAAGAGUGGCAGAGUCCCAUUCUUAAUGACGAGAGGCUACCAGAAUGGUACAAGUUUACAUUGUUUAACGAGCUCUACUUUUUGGUAGCUGGUGGAACAGUUUGGAUUGAUUCUUCGUCAUCGGCUACAAACACGAGAAAUAAUCAGCAGCAAUUAACAGAAGUUGAUAGAGGAGACAUAAAGACUACUAAUUCUGAAGGAACCUGCAGACUAAAUACAGAUAACAAGCAUGCUGCAGCUGAUAGGUGUUAUAGUACUGCAGCUAAUUUUGGUUUGGAAGGGGAUAGUAAAGAACUAUAUACAUGCAACAAUGAAGAUGAAGAUGUUGGAAGGUUCCUCUACUUGGAAGGCGUGGAAUAUAUCAUGUGGUGCACAUAUGAUGUGCACUUCUAUGCAUCAUUUGCACUUCUUGAGUUGUUUCCCAAAAUUGAACUUAGUAUUCAAAGGGACUUUGCAAAAGCUAUCUUAUCUGAAGAUGGAAGAAAAGUAAAGUUCCUGGCAGAGGGAAAUUGGGGGAUUCGUAAGGUUAGAGGUGCUGUCCCUCAUGAUCUGGGAACACACGAUCCAUGGACUGAAAUGAAUGGAUAUAAUAUUCAUGAUACAAGUAAAUGGAAGGAUCUGAACCCAAAGUUUGUUCUUCAAGCGUAUAGAGACUUUGCUGCAACCGGGGAUAUAUCUUUUGGAGUUGAUGUAUGGCCUUCUGUUCGCGCUGCAAUGGAAUACAUGGAACAAUUUGACAGGGACAAUGAUGGUCUAAUUGAGAAUGAUGGUUUUCCAGAUCAAACAUAUGAUACUUGGACUGUUCAUGGUGUGAGUGCUUACUGCGGCUGCUUGUGGCUCGCUGCACUUCAGGCUGCAGCUGCAAUGGCCCUUCAACUGGGUGACAAUGAUUUUGCUGAAUGGUGCAAGACCAAAUUUUUGAAGGCCAAACCAGUAUUUGAAGAAAAGUUGUGGAAUGGUUCUUAUUUUAACUAUGACAGCGGGUCGAGUAGUAACAGUAAGUCUAUACAAGCAGAUCAACUAGCUGGGCAGUGGUAUACAGCAUCCUCAGGUUUGCCUUCACUAUUUGAUGAUUUGGAAAUCAAAAGUUCUCUCCAGAAGAUUUAUGAUUUCAACGUAAUGAAAGUCAGAGGAGGCAGAAUGGGUGCUGUAAAUGGUAUGCAUCCCAAUGGAAGGGUUGAUGAGACGUGUAUGCAGUCGCGUGAAAUAUGGGCUGGUGUCACCUACGGUGUGGCAGCUACAAUGAUCCUUUCAGGAAUGGAGGAACAAGCAUUCACUGCAGCUGAAGGAAUUUUUGUUGCAGGUUGGUCAGAAGAGGGUUAUGGGUACUGGUUCCAGACUCCGGAGGGAUGGACCAUCGACGGGCACUUCCGCUCGCUUAUCUAUAUGAGGCCUCUUGCAAUAUGGGGAAUGCAAUGGGCGUUAUCCAUGCCCAAGGCAAUCCUUGAGGCCCCUAAGAUAAAUGUAAUGGACAGAAUCCAGUUAUCUCCUGCUAGUUUAAGAACACCUCACCCUCGCGAUGAAUUGGGUGUUAAAAAGAUUGCAACAAAAGCAAAGUGCUUAGGGCAUUCUGUCUUCCAUUGUUCCUGUUGAUUGUAUGUUGUAAGUUUAUAAUGAUCUUGUAAAGACAUGUUUUAUGCCUUUCUUCGAUUUCCUCGAACCUUCUUGCAGUGGUAGCAAAAAACUGGAGGAGUUUCUGAGGAAGUCGUCUAGAAAGUGGGCAAUAAAAGACGGGGUGGCAACUGGGUAGCUAAUUCACUUGCA